AUGAAAUGGCAAUUUAUUAAUGAAGAUAAUAAUGCAGAAUUAGAUGCUAAAAUCCAUUAUGACUUUAUUGGAGCUUUGCAAGGGUUAAAUGGUAAAGUAAGAGAUAAGUUACAUGCAGAAAUAGCAGAAAAAUCAUUAGAAAUUGAGACUGCUAAUGAAAAUCUUGAAAAAAGGGAUGAAAAAAUCAGGGAAAUCCAAGCUGAUUGA